AUGCCCGGUAUCGCCGACAACUUCACUACGGUCGUCCACCGUGAGCCUUACGCGGCCAUCUCCCCUUCCCGCCCGCAGCUCUCACAGAAAGGCAAGGUCGUUCUCGUAACUGGAAGCUCUGGUGGUAUUGGUUUCGCUAUUGCACGAGCCUUUGGCAAAGCAAGUGCCGCAAAGGUCAUCCUAACCGGUCGUCACCAGGGCCCCCUUGAUACUGCCGUCGCCACCCUAAGCAAAGAGUCACCCCAGACUACCUUCAUCGCCCGUCUGAACGACGCCUCAAAUACUACCAGCGUCGAGGACCUCUGGGAGCAGUUUUAUACCGAGGGAUUAGUCGUUGACGUCCUCGUCCUAAAUGUGGCUCGCGUGCAGCCCGCCGGCACCAUCCUCGAGAUAGGGUACAAGGAGGUAGUGGCCGACCUUGCUACAAACGCCAAUUCAAUCGCAGCGUUUGUCCAUCUCUUCUAUCACCAGAGCAAGAGAGAUACAAGCAAGAAGCUGUCUUUGGUGAACAUAUCGACUAAAGCCAUUCACGACUUCGAGGUUGCAGCUACAUUCCCAAAUUACUCAGCAUCCAAGAGUGCAGGAACAAUCUUGGUCCAGCAGAUCGCCAAAUCUGUAUCGCCAGACGACCUACAAAUCAUAAGUUUCUACCCAGGAUCGAUCUUUACAGGGGCGGCGCAGAAGGCCGGGUACACGCGCACCACACUCAACUGGGAUAACGAGGACCUUCCUGGUCACUAUGCCGUCUGGGCCGCAUCGGACGAGGCGCAAUUUCUGCAUGGACGCUUCACUUGGGCGGCAUGGGAUGUCGAUGAGAUAUCUUCGGGCAAGAUUAGAGAGCGUAUUGAUGGGGAUGUCAACUAUCUCAAGGUGGGUGUCACCGGUCUCUAA